UGUCUCUGCUUUCACUUCAACUAUACGUUUGCGAACCCCACCUUGAAAAAACAGUACCAACCAAUUCAAGAACAAAUAAAAAUCAAAUCUUUGCACGCAAAUGCGAUUGUUGCUGUGGUAGCUCUGAUCAAGAAGACUCAAUGGCGGCGCAAGUCUCGGCAGCCGCGGCCAGCGGCGAUGUAGCGAGGGCCCAUUUGGCCAUGGCGGCGGUGCAGCUCUUCAACGGCGGUUACCACGUCAUCACUACGGUGGCGCUCAAUGAUGGGGUCAACCAGUUUGUCUUCUGCGUGUUUAGGGACCUCUUGGCGCUCUCGAUUCUUGCCCCUGUUGCCUAUUUUGUGGAGAAAAAGAAGAGGUUGCCUUUAAACAGAAGCCUUGUAUUCACGUUUUUCCUUCUCGGGCUAACCGGGAUUUUCGGGAACCAGCUUUUAUUUCUUCUCGGGCUUAGCUACACAAGUCCGACUUAUGCUUCAGCCAUACAGCCUUCUAUUCCAGUAUUCACAUUCAUUUUUGCUGUGAUGAUGGGGACAGAGACGGUCAAUCUACGUAAAGUAGAAGGUCAAGUAAAGUUAGGAGGUACUCUUGUUUGUGUUUCUGGUGCCAUUCUAAUGGCUAUCUUCCGGGGGCCAGCUGUGUUCGGACCCGAGGAGUUACUUACAGCAAAUGCUGAGCCUAAUGCCGAGGUUCAGUCACAACCUGCUCUCUGGUUGAUAUCCAAUUUUCUGGGGUUAGGGAUCGAGACUUGGCAUCUCGGGGUUUUGUGCUUAAUUGGAAACUGCAUAUGCAUGGCUGCUUUUCUCGCCAUUCAGGCUCCACUUUUAGCUAAAUAUCCGGCUAGUAUAUCAGUGACGGCCUAUUCAUACGGUUUUGGUGCUAUAUUAAUGGUAGCGACUGGAGUACUUGCAACGAAUACAUCAUCAGACUGGAAUCUCACAAAAUCCGAGGUUAUUGCAGUUUGCUAUGCUGGAGUUGUAGCAUCUGCUCUGAACUACGGACUCGUAACUUGGUCUAAUAAAACGAUGGGCCCUGCCUUGGUUGCUCUCUACAAUCCACUUCAACCUCUUGCCUCAUCCAUCCUAGCAAAAGUCUUUCUUGGAAGCACAAUUUAUUUGGGAAGCAUUAUUGGAGGAGUGCUCAUUAUAAUCGGACUUUAUUUGGUCACAUGGGCGUCCUACAACGAGAAACAGGCAAGAAACGUGCUUCCUCAUGUCCGGUCAACUGAGCCGCUCAUUGACAGAGAUUCACCCGUGAAUAAGAUAUCUUAGCUGGUUUGGGCACGUUCUAUCAGGAGCUCGAACAUCGAAGGUCAUCAGAUUUGCGGCUUAAGAGGUUACAUUGGUUAUUCUUUACUGGGAUUUCAAGAUUUGUUUGAAAACUUUGAGCAUAUGUAUUAUGUUGUACUAUAUGUACUAUAUUUGAAAAAAAAAAAUUACUUUGUGGUGCCCUUUUUUCCAUAUUAUUUCCCAGAUAAUGUUCACUUUUUUUUGUGAAGAAUGUGUUCAAAACAAGCACAGUAAUAAUGUAUACUAUUACUAUGUUUAUAAAGAUAGCUUCAUAUACUUA